AAAGACCCACCAAUAUUUUGUAUUCUUCUUCAGCCACAGACCCCUUUAUUAUUAUUACCUUCUUUAAAUAAAGAUCUUAGUAUCAAACCUAUUUCCAGUGUAACUUCUGCUCAGUUUUCUUAAUUAUCAUGUAGUAUAUAUAGUUAUAUAGUAUAUAUAUAGUAUAUAUGGUGGUCACAACUGAGCUGUACAUAUAAGUAUAUAACAUAUACAUACAUACAACUACAUAGUUAUGGCUGCAAAGGAACACUUAAGAAGAAAACUGGCUAUGGCUGUCAAAAGCAUUAACUGGAGCUAUGCAAUCUUCUGGUCCAUUUCUUCAACAGAACCAGGAAUUUGAAUUAGGGUAUUGACAUGGUGUGAUGGAUACUACAAUGGAGGCAUCAAAACAAGGAAAACAAUACAAGCAGAUGAAAUGGAAGAAGAAGAAGAAGAAGAUGGCGGUGAUGAUGAUGAAGCGGGAUUGCGAAGGACCGAGCAAUUAAGACAACUUUAUGAAUCACUUUCCAUAGCUUCCGAAUCACACGGUUAUGAUCCACAACCGAGAAGGCCCCCAGCUGCAUUAUCCCCUGAAGAUCUCACGGACGCCGAGUGGUAUUUCUUAGUUUGCAUGACAUAUGAGUUCACUAAUGGUCAAGGAUUGCCAGGAAGAACAUUGGCAAAGAACACAGUUAGUUGGCUGUCUGAUGCUCACCUUGCCGAUAGCAAAGUCUUCAGCCGCUCUCUUCUAGCAAAAAGUGCAUCAAUUCAGACCGUAGUAUGCUUUCCAUAUUUAGAAGGUCUUGUUGAGUUCGGCGUAGCAGAGAAGGUUUUAGAAGAACAAAACAUCGUUAAACAGAUUAAAGAUUUACUCUUUGAUGUUCCAUCGCAAAAAGUUCGUGAAAUACCCUUAGAAAGUUGUUCCAACAUGCUUGAUCAUCAUGAUAUAGUCAUCAACAAUCUCGACAACAUGCUUGAAUACGAUCAAAAUCAAGAACAAAGUUGGCGGUUUGUGGAUGAUGAUGAUGACGACGAAGGAGAGAUUAGUUUCCACCAAAAUAAUUCCAUGGGUUCGAGUGAUUGUAUAUCUCAAAACUUAGCAAGUGGUCAUGGCGAUGUUUGGAGCGACGUCGAUGAUCGCUAUCAUUGUGUUCUUUUGAGGAUAUUCAAGAACACCCCGAGAUUGGUUUUGGGACCUCGUUUUAGAAACUGCGAUUCGAAAGAGUCUGCUUUUGUUAGCUGGAAAAAUUGUGAUGGAAUGGAAUCGAACGGAAGUUGUUCACAAGUGUUAUUAAAAAGUGUGCUUUAUAAAGUCCCGAAAAUGCACGAAAACCGCUUAGUUUGGUCUCGAUGUGAAGAUGGAAAUGUGGAUCGAAUGAUGAAACUCGAAGAUGACGAAGUGAAGGAUAUUGAUCAUAGGUUUUCGGUGCUAAGCGCAUUGGUCCCUUCUAGAGGAAAGGUUGACAAAGUGUCUCUACUCGAUGACACUAUCGACUACUUAAAAACUCUGGAGAGAAAGGUGGAAUCGUUACAAUCCGACAGAAAAUCUCAUGAUGUGCGAGAAAGAACGUGUGAUAACUAUUGCAACAAACGAAAAGCAUCUUGCGAUCCUACAGAUUUACAAGAAGAACGUUUUUCGGAUUGUAUCACAGUCAGCGCGAUAGAAAAAGAUGUGACGAUUGAGAUACGAUGUAGGUGGCGAGAUAACAUGAUAGUUCAAGUGUUUGAUGCAAUGAGCAGCCUAAACUUGGAAUCUCAUUCUGUUCAUUCAUAUACUGUUGAUGGAAUUCUCACAUUAACCAUUGAAUCAAAGUUAAAGAGUUGUACAGGAUCAACAGCAAAGAUGAUCAGGCAGGCACUUCAAAGAGUAAUUGGUAGUAAAUUUGGUGUAGAUUAGUAACUGUCUAGAACUGUAGAACAUAUAUUUGUAACUAUGUAUUAUACAAGCUUUUAUCAUUUAGACUAUAUAUUAUAACACAAUAGGAUGACAAGAAGGUGAUUUUACAUAA